GACAAAAACAGGCCACAGCCUAAGAUGGAUGCUUAAGCUAUUGCCAUUUAUAUACAUAUAAACAUCAAUUUACCGAUUAAUCAUCCAGCACUAGUACGAAAAAGGCUGAGUCUAGAAUCGGGGCAGGCAUUGUUGUGGUUUCUCUCCCAUUUUCUCAAUUGUCCAAAUCUCUCUCCGGAGAUUUUCUGGGUGCAGAAACCAGCAUAUUCUUUUUCCCCAAUGGGGUCUAUGCUUGGUGACCUGCCGUCGUUUGACCCCCAUAACUUCAGCCAACUUCGUCCCUCCGAUCCUUCUAAUCCUUCUAAAAUGACACCUGCCACCUACCGUCCUACUCAUAGCCGCACUCUUCCACCACCUGACCAAGUUAUAACUACUGAGGCCAAAAAUAUACUUAUAAGAAAUUUCUAUCAGCGUGCAGAGGAGAAGUUGAGACCAAAGAGAGCAGCCACUGAACAUCUAAUACCAGAUCAUGGAUGCAAGCAACCUAGGGCUUCUACCUCAUAGUCGUGAUGAGAUUUUCUUGGGUUUCUUUGAUGCUCGUGUAAAUGUAUAUUCUCAUAUAAAUGUGUUGUAGAAACUGUGCGGCAGUUGUAAAACGGGACACCACACAUGUACAUUUUGUGUGUAGAAAUCAAACUUAUAGCUGGGUUAUCCCAAUAACAAGGAGUGUUCUGUUUAGUUUUA